AGGAGCGGGGGAAGGAGCAAACUUUGCCCCUGAGCUGCCGCCGCUGCCAGCCCUCUGGACUGUGAGUGCGUACGGUGGGCAUCCGCCCCAUCCUCCUUGCAGCACCAGCCUGCUCUCCGCCUGCUGCAGCCUCCCUCUCCCUCGCUUUCCUCCUCCAAAUUUCGCACAGUACGAUGUAGGGGGCUUGUCGUUAUUAUCUUUUUUUAAUUUAUUUCUCACCGAAGAUGGUUUAAUUUUUUAUAUUUCUAUUAUUUAUUAAUCCCUCCCAACCGUAAACCUGCCCAGCCUUCUGCCAGCUGGGCCAGAGCAUAAAGCCUGGGACUGCACCUGGGGCAAUGAGCCCUGCACUGAAGAAGCCUCCUAGAGGGAUGUGCCGGGGCCGCGCAACAGACUAGAUCCAAGCCCCGAAGCUUACACCACCAGUUAUCCCCUCUCCCUCAUCCCCUUCGCCCGCCUUUUCUGCACCCCAUCCCCUUGAAACCUCGGAUCAGUGCCUGCGCUGCGCUCCGGAGAUCUCUGCCGGGGUGAAAAGCCCGGAGCCCAAGGAGAGACGGGGCGGCCGUGCUAGAUGCAUGGGGGAGGGCUCCGGUUAAUGCAAGUUCUGGGCUCCUGCAGGGACCCCGACAACUGUCAGCAGCAGCAACUCGGGGCCUCCUCCUCUGCUUCCUCAGCGAUGCUUUUCCACAGUCUGUCCGGCUCGGAGAUGCACGGGGUCAUCGACGAGAUGGAUCGGAGAACCAAAAGCGAAGCACCGGCCAUCAGCUCGGCUAUAGACAGGGGAGAGACCGAAACGACCAUGCCUUCCAUCAGCAGUGACAGGGCUGCCCUGUGCGCCGGCUGCGGGGGGAAAAUCUCCGACCGUUAUUACCUCCUGGCUGUGGAUAAACAGUGGCACAUGCGCUGCCUGAAGUGCUGUGAAUGUAAACUCAACCUGGAGUCCGAGCUCACCUGCUUCAGCAAGGACGGCAGCAUUUACUGCAAGGAGGAUUACUACAGGAGGUUUUCGGUGCAGAGAUGUGCGAGGUGUCACCUGGGGAUUUCUGCCUCCGAGAUGGUCAUGAGGGCCAGGGAUUUGGUAUAUCACUUAAAUUGCUUCACUUGCACCACUUGCAACAAGAUGCUGACCACCGGCGAUCACUUUGGCAUGAAGGACAAUCUGGUGUACUGCCGCCUCCAUUUCGAGACUCUCAUCCAGGGGGAGUACCAGGUGCAUUUCAAUCACUCGGAUGUAGCCGCUGGGAAGGGCCCGGCAUUGGGAGCGGGCUCUGCCAACACUUUGGGACUGCCUUAUUACAACGGCGUGGGGACCGUCCAGAAGGGGAGACCCAGGAAAAGGAAGAGCCCGGGGCCUGGUGCAGAUCUGGCAGCCUACAACGCAGCUUUAAGUUGCAAUGAAAACGAUGGUGACCACCUGGAUAGAGACCAGCAAUACCCCAGCAAUCAAAAAACAAAGCGUAUGAGGACAUCAUUCAAACACCACCAGUUGCGGACAAUGAAGUCAUACUUUGCUAUUAAUCACAAUCCUGAUGCCAAGGACUUGAAACAGCUAGCUCAGAAAACCGGCCUGACCAAAAGAGUUCUUCAGGUUUGGUUUCAAAAUGCUCGAGCCAAAUUCAGACGGAACCUCUUACGUCAAGAAAACACAGGGGUGGAUAAGACUUCAGACUCAACACUCCAAGCAGGGACCCCUUCAGGUCCUGCCUCAGAAAUAUCCAAUGCCUCCAUGAGUCCAUCCAGCACUCCCACUACUUUAACGGACUUGACUAAUCCUACUAUGCCUACUGUGACAUCUGUCUUGACAUCAGUGCCCGGAAGUCUUGAGGUUCAUGAAUCUCGAAGUCCUUCACAGACAACUCUCACAAAUCUUUUCUGAUGACUCUUUCUUAAUAAUUUCUUUAAAAAAGAAAUUAUUCUUAGCUGAAAUUCCAAGUGUAUUUUAAUAGAGGCUUUGAGCAACUGACUAACCACAAUUAGGAUCUCUCCUAAAAAACAGAAGGAAAUGUAGUGUUCUGGUAUUACGGAGUAUGGACUGAAGAAUAACUUGGAAGAUCUAUUGCAACACAACAUUUGUGUAACUGUACAGUUUUGUGGACUGAGCAAGGGAAACAGCAAUUAAUUUAAGUUGGCUAAAGCUUCUGUAUUUUCAAAGACUGCCAUGUGCCUUAUAUACUGUUUUAUCUACAUUCUUUGGAUUCCAUGUCCACUUCUCUCUUUUUCUCUCUGUAUAUUUAUGACCAGGGCAAAAAUGUUAAGAGUUUGUUACUUUGAAUAGUCCUAAGCCUUUCAUUGGUUGCUUUGUUGUUUUAGAAUUUUAAGGUCGAAGUCUGUUCGAAUACCAGAAUUUGUAAAAUCUAACCAGUAAUAA